AUGGCAGGUGAUGAUAAUAAAAGCAAUGAUUUUUAUGGUGUUUUGGGUUUGAAGAAAGAAUGCACAACAGCUGAGCUCAGGCACAAUUACAAGAAACUUGCUCUGAAAUGGCACCCGGAUCGGUUUUCUGCUAGCGGGGAUCCGAACUAUUUGGAAGAGGCCAAGAAGAAAUUUCAGGCUAUACAGCAAGCCUAUUCUGUUCUUUCAAAUGCGGACAAAAGGUUUCUUUAUGACGUCGGAGUUUAUGAUAUCAACGAUGAUGAUGACGAAGAUGGUAUGGGUGAGUUUCUGAAUGAGAUGGCAACGCUAAUGACUCAAGAUGAACCCAUGGGAAAUGGAAACGAGACUUUUGAAGAACUUCAACAAUUGUUCGAUGAAUUGUUCCAAGGAGAUGAUGACGCCUUUAGCUACUCAUCUCGUUCGGGCACACCUCCGACAAGCUCUUCUUCUUCUUCUUCUUCAUCGUCCUCGUUUUUUGAAGGGUCUUAUAACAAUCUUAUCAGAAUGAGCUCAACCGAGUCGAGCUCAGCCAGUUUCGGGUAUGAGAACGGGAAUUUCGAAGGGUUUUGUGUUGGGAUGAGUGGCAAAGGCAAAGGCGGUGAAAGUAGCCGGAAAAAGUGUGUGAGGAAAGGCCGGAGGUGA